AAUUUUAAGAACAGAUAAUUAGAUAAAAACUAAUCUCCCUCUCUCCAACGCGCAUUUUCUGUAAUUAAAUUCUUAAUUCUUUAAUCCCUGGACGUUUGCCAGAACUGUUUUGCUGUUUUGUCCCGAACAAAUCAUCUUUAUAAAUCUAAACCCAAAACCAAAACAGUAACGCAAAACCAAAAUCAAAGAUUCAAUUUUUACUGUUUUUAGAGAGGGAGAGGGAGAGGGAUGUGGGAGUCGAUCUUCCUAACGCUGGCGGCGACGGCCGGAAACAACAUCGGCAAAAUUCUCCAGAAGAAGGGCACCGUCAUUCUUCCUCCUCUCUCUUUCAAGCUCAAGGUGAUCAGGGCGUAUGCGUUGAACAAAGCAUGGCUGAUAGGAUUUAUGAUGGAUAUAUUCGGAGCUUUGUUAAUGUUGAGAGCAUUGUCUUUAGCUCCUGUGUCUGUCAUACAACCGGUUUCCGGGUGUGGACUUGCAAUUCUUUCAAUCUUUUCCCAUUUUUAUCUGAAGGAAAUGAUGAAUGCUGUUGACUGGAUGGGGAUUACAUUAGCAGGCAUUGGCACUAUAGGGGUUGGUGCCGGAGGUGAGGAGCAAAAGGCUUCCACAAUAUCGGUGUUUCAUCUACCAUGGUUGGCAAUUGUAGUCGCCUUCUUGUUUGUCCUCCUUAAUGGGUGGCUACGCAUCUACAGACGUCAACGCAAAGAACAGGAGUUGAUGGAAUAUGAAGUUGUUGAAGAAAUUAUAUAUGGCUUGGAAUCUGGCAUUUUGUUCGGGAUGGCAUCUGUGAUAUCAAAGAUGGGAUUUGUGUUCUUGGAGCAGGGUUUCCACAGCAUGCUGGUCCCGAUAUGUGUGAUAAUCAGCAUAUGUUGUAGUGGUACAGGGUUUUAUUACCAGACUUGGGGCUUAAAGCAUGGGAGGGCAAUAGUAGUGUCUACAUGUGCUGCUGUGGCAUCAAUUGUGACUGGUGUACUAGCUGGAAUGCUUGCUUUGGGUGAAAGAUUGCCUUCAGCACCAACAGCUCGUCUUUCACUGAUGCUUGGAUGGUUACUCAUAAUUAUUGGUGUGAUUUUACUUGUGAGCUCAACACGACUGAUGCGACGCCUUCCUCGACCAUUACGACAACUUUUAAAGAGUGGUGUUGAUCAGAGGAAACCCGGGUCUAUCCGUGUUAGGGAUGGAAGCCCGAGCACCGUUAUUCAGGCAGCAACUCUGCAUCAUUUGAUACCAACUGCUUCAAAAGAGAAGGCUUGAUGUGAUCACAUCGGAGAGGUUGUAUAUGCAAAAAAGAUCUCAUAUCGGUGGACUUACAAGUUACGGGAAGCAACUCCCUUUGGUUUAGGUAAAGCUGGUGUAUAAAGGGUAUUCUUACUAUAUCAGAGGCCAUGAGUUUUUGACAUCAUUCCUCUCAGGAAAAAACUUUACACCGUAUUUUGUGAACAUUUGGUAGUCGUACAUCUCAAUUUUUAUUACUCGUUCGUUUUCACAAAAAAUGGUGCACCUUUUCAAUUGCAAUGCCUGCUUUUGUUUCGA